UUAAAAACAAAAACAAACCCAGUGACAGUGACAUUUGUCAGGUUUAUUUGUAAUUGUAAGCAUUUAAGAUUAAAAAUGAAUUCAGUUGACUUUUUGUUAGGUAAUAAAGAAAUUAGUUACGAAGAAAUGAUAGAAAUUAAACGGUUGGGCAGGCCGACUCCCGAUUUAAACAUUUCAAAAAUCGACGUUGGAAAAUUGCGUAAUUUUGAAAGACGAUUUAACCGCACCACGUACGAUAAGUUUAAAUGGUUAUGCGGGUGUCCCAAAAGAAACAAAUUGUUUUGUUUCGUUUGCUUAGUGAUGGGUGGUGAUAGAACUGCAUGGACUCAAGAAGGGGUGAGUGAUCUAAAACAUUUAAAUGAACGAGCUAUGAAACAUGCCAAUUACAACGAAAGGCAUUUGCAUAACGCUUUAGACUUCAGUGUUUUGGGAAAAGAAGACAUAAAGCAACAGCUUGAUGGCACCUAUCGUGACAAUAUAAGGCGUCAUAAUGAAAAUGUUGAUAAAAAUAGGCAUAUUUUAAAUCAAAUAAUCAAUUGUAUUACAUUCUGCGGUGCUUUCGAAUUAGCUCUUCGUGGCUACGACGAAACGGAAAAUUCUGAUAAUCCUGAUGUUUUCCUUGGAGUUGUGGAUUUUAUAAGUGAAUUGGACUUAGUUAUGAAAGAACAUUUGUUAAAAGCUACUGCUUUUCAGGGCACGUCGAAAACCAUUCAGAACGAACUACUGGAUGCCAUGCUAGAUGUCUGCAGAAGUGAUAUUAAACAUCAAAUAAGAUCUUCAACAUUCCUAGCAAUUCAAGCUGAUGAAACCACCGAUGUCGAUAAUAAAAAGCAAAUAGCCAUAAUCUUUAGAUAUGUGCAUAAUGGCAUAAUAACUGAAAGAUUUUGGGGUUUUGUUAGACCUGAAGGGCAUACAGAUGAACACAUAGCAAAUGCCCUAUUAAAUGAACUAGAGACAAUAGGUGUCGAACCCGAAAAAUUAAUUGCUCAAUGUUUUGAUGGAGUAACUGUUACAAACGGUCAAUUUGGUGGAAUACAAGCAAAAAUUAAAGAGAGAUUUCCUCAUGCACAUUUCAUUCAUUCAUAUGCACAUCCGUUAAAUAAUGUCAUCAUAAAAGCUGCAUCUAUCAAUAAAAAUGUGAAGAUUUUUUUUGCUAACAUACACGAUUUUCUGUCGUUUUUUUCUUCGUCGACCAAACGAAGACAGUUGUUAGAUGAAAUUGUUAAAACCCAGAUACCAUGGGCAACACCUAUCCGUUGGAAUUUCGCCGGGAGAACUGUUUCUACUGUGUUUGAAAAUAAAGAUUUGUUAAUCAAAUGUCUCGAAGUAAUCACUGAUUCAGCUAACGACACCAAGACCAUUAAUGAAUCAACGAGACUCCUUAACUAUUUGCAUAAUGAGGAUUUCUUAUUUUGGCUGAGUUUAUUUUAUCGUGUUAUGCCUCACAUUAAUGCUUUGUGUUGUCAACUACAAGAACCAACAGCCACGGGCCCUUAUAUAAAAACUUGUUUAAGUACGUUUGAAUUAGAACUUACAAAAAUUAAAUCAGAACCUGAUUAUAUAAUAAUAAAAGAAGAAAAUGAUUGUAAAAGACUAAGAUUUUCUGAUAACUUUAAUGAUAACUCCACAGCUGCUGCACAAGAAGUAUGCGACGUUAUUUUAACACAAUUAAAAAGCAUAUUUGCUUUUACAGACCAUCUGUCUCUUUCAAACUUGUUGGCAAAAGACAAUUUCAAUUCAUACAAAGUAGACUUUCCAGAAAGUGAUUUUCAAACUACUGUUCAAUGCUACAAUUUCUUUGACACGGGAAAACUUCGAUCAGAAUUAAAUAUAUUAUACAAACGAGAAGAUAUGGGUUCUAUGGAAGGUGUUAGUGCUUUGCUAAACUUUUUAAAAGAAAAUGAACUUAAUGACGCGUUUUCGGAAGUCUAUAAACUGUGUAAUAUAAUUGCUACUAUUCCAAUGGCCACUGUUGAAAAUGAUAGGUGUUUUUCAACUUUGAAACGUGUCAAAACAUUUUUAAGAAAUACAGUAAUUCAGGACAGACUUACAGCACUGACCAUGUUAUCCGUGGAGAAAAAAAUGGUUAAACAAAUUCGAGAUUUUAAUAAUAAAGUUUUUAACAUUUUUGUAAAUGCUAAUGGUAGACAAGCUGAUUUUCACUACAAGUAGUGAUUAUGACGCUA